AUGUGUAGACGGAACUAUUCAAGGGCAGAUUGGACUAAAUUCGUGCGAAAUAUUGAUGAUGCAAUUAGAGCAAUAGGUUUAGAGGCAGCAUUAAUCAGAAAUAAAGAUGAGAUUGAUAAAUUUGCAAAACAAAUAGAUGACAUCUUAUUAAAUGCAGCUCAUGUUACAAUUCCAAAAUGGCACAAACAUCUUGAGCAAAUUAGAAUAUCAGCAGCUAGAGAAUUGGGCAAAAUAAAGCGAUGGAUUAGUCAAAAUAAGCUACAAGAUGUGAAAACAUUAAUUGAUUUAUACAAAACUCGAUUAAUUUCAAAGAUCGAUUACGGUGCGUCUGUAUGGUCAGCUACAUUAGCAAAAUCAUCACUAAAAAUAAUCGAAAAAAUUCAGAAACAAUAUUUGUCCUAUGCUAUCGAUUCAUUUGAAAUCUCAUCACAAGUCAUGGAGGCUGAAUGUAGAAUAUUACCGUUGAGAUUACAUCUAAAAAUGAAAAGAUUGAAAAAAGCAGCGUCGAUUAGAUCAAAAGCUCUUUUUAAUCCGUUACGAAAAAUCAUUGUGAAAUCAAAAUCAUGUCCAUUGACAAUAAUGUACAAUGAAAUCGAGUCAAGUAUGAUUGUCGAUGAGAAAUUAAAGAUGUGUAUGAAUAAUUUAGAACUAAUUCCGAGAUUUCAACCAUCUCCACCGUCAAUUAUUAGUGAAAUAAAAAGUGAUCCAUGCGGUGCAUCAGAAAAUGAACGAAUACUAAUUGAGCAAUCUGAAUCCGACGAUAAUCACAUUUUAAACUACUCAAAUGGCUCAAAAAUCAAUGAUCUAUCUUCAACUGCGUUUUAUAUUCCAAACUGA